AAUUAGGCUCAUAUUAUCAACACAAAAAUGGCCGAGCUCUAGACGGUCUGUACAAAAACUUCGACGCAGAAAGAAAAUACUGAGAACUCUGAGAAAUGGCGGAUACUGUGACAUUGUACGUGACUUAUAAUGGGGAUGAAGAUUUCGUUGACGAACUGGGGAUGCCCUACAACACCGUCUGGAGUGAUUUAGAAGCGAUGUUCAAAGCAAGGCUUGAUAGUUCUCGUAUCUCUGUAAGCUAUUUGGACACUGACGAUGAUGAGAUAUCCAUUGGAAGCCAGGAAGAACUGUUUGAGGCUUUUAGGGUUGCGAUGAAGUGUAAUCACGAGCUGAAUGUUCGUGUUUUGCCGCUGGCUAAGGAGACGGCUGUGUUCCGAAUGCCAGAUGUAGAGGGCGUGGAUGUGGAAACACCCCCGGAACAGUCGAUGGAUCGGCUAGAUGAGCCUCUGAUCCUACGAGACAUUUGCCCUGAUCCAAGCGUUGCAAUUCCAAUGGGAGACGUUCAACGCCCGGGAGAAAUAACAAGGGAGAAAAGUGUAGAACCCACGGGAACAGAUGUUGACAAGGUUGUGCAUGAGGAGAAAAGGGAGACGACCAUAAUGUUUCCCGACACACAUGAAAAACUUGUGAUGAACUCUGUUGACUGUCGAUGGGAGCCGGUACCCGGCAAUGUGUAUGAGAGGCGGGGAGGUAGCAGUUCUGAUGAAACAGGAACCAGAGAUGAUCAUCUGUUGCAGUACUCUGAUUUUGUAGCCUUCAUGAACAAGCUAAAGAAAGAGCUACGUGUUGAAAUCGUUCGUGAUGUUACGAGGAAGACAGUGAAGCAGGUCCUUAAGGGGCUUGAUGGGGCUGUUAUUGAGUCCCUACAAGGGGCCACAACCCUGCCAGGGGCCACAAAUCAGACUGACCAAUCAGAGCCUAGGCCUGCAGGGUCUGUGAGCCGAGAUUUUAAGGAUGAACAUCCUGUGUAUACACAUGAUGGAGUUUUCUGUGAUGGCUGCAACACUGUCAUUGUUGGGCCUCGCUACAAGUGUGGUAACUGCAUGGACUUUGACCUCUGUGAAGUGUGUGAGAGCAAGCCCGGGCAACACAACCCUGACCACGUCUUCGUCAAGAUCCGUCGCCCAUGUUAUCGGGUGGGCGUAACAAAGGGCGUGCGAAAGCCACUACUUGCGGCCUCCAUUUACAACCCUGAGGAAGCCCGGACCCGUUCUACAAGGAUGUGUAAUCUGUUGGUGGCCAUUCCAGGCGAAGAAGAGGGACAGAAUGAGGCCAAUAGCAAGAUUGAGAGCCGACUGGAAAGCCGACUUACCCACAAACUUGAGAAGAAGAAGAGAAAACAUGAGAAAAAGAUGGAUAAGAUCAAGCGCAAGGCAGAAAAACUAAACCGGCGUUUAGAUGGUACAACAGACACACCCACCAAGCGGGAAAAGCUAGAUCUGCUCACAGCUGAGGGCGCUGUUACGUAUGACUUUUACAAGGUAAUGAUGGGAGGGGAGAGUGUUGCCGACAUGACAGUGCCUCCUGGUACCCAGCUCUCACCGGGCACAAGGUUUGUGAAGACUUGGUGGGUGAGGAAUAUUGGAGAUGGCAACUGGACAGACACAACCAAGUUGAAGAUGCAGUGGGGCAAUAUCCCUACCCCAGGGGCGACAGUUGAUGUUCCCCUCAUCAAACCCGGUGAAGAGGGAGCCAUUAGCAUCGACUUUGUCUCACCCGCUACACCUGGACAGUAUGAGAGUGAAUGGCGUUUCCACGAGGCUGACAUGCCCUUUGGUACCGCCCUUGUGUGUGCCAUAGUUGUUGGGCCCAGAGAGAAACUGGAACCAAACGGGAACACUGCGCUCCAGGUUGUCAUGGCAUCCUCACAGCACUCAGAAGUCGGACAGGAAGUAAAGGAUGAACAAGCGGAGAGUAUUGAAGUCACAUUCAGAAAACAGGAAGAAGAGCAUCUGAGAGAAGUUUGUGUAAUGCGGGAACCAGUCCAACAGGAAGUUGGAGAAUCUGUUAACCAGGAAAAGGAGGAACCAGUCAGGCAGGAAGUUCAGGACAUUAGAGAACCAAUCCAACAGGAUGUCAAUGAACAGGCAAAUCAAAAUGCUGGAGAAUUUGAGGAAGUCAAUGCAGAAACUGUAAAUGAUGAUGUGGUUGUACAAGUGGAAGAUGAGGUGACGGUUUCCACUGAUGAGGCACCAUUGCCAUCAGGAAGCGUGUUGGAAGAUAGACUGGUAAUGGUUGCUGCCCCCAGAGAAGGGUGUGAAUCAAGCUCCGAGAAUGAAUUUGUGAUGUAUGCCAGACAUGGAGAGGCUGAGGAUGAUGUGGCUGAGGUUCAGAAAAAGGAGAAGGAGGGAAGCAUUGCUGAGGAUCUGACACUGGCUGUGGCUCAGCUUACACUUGAGUCAGAGAAAAGGGGACCAGUUUCCUCGUAUACGCCUACACCAAAUAAUACUCCAUUUGAUGUGACCCCUCUGAAGACCCCCAAUCCCGAACCUGCCGAUGACACGGAGGUGGUUGAAUUAAAGCCCCUUUCUGCCAGUAGCAGUGUGGAAUUUGUCAGUCAAGCGGAUGGGGAUGAGGUUAUGAGUGACCAUACCUAUACACGUUAUAGGAUGGAAAGUUUGGAGUUUAAACCUGACAUAGACCUGGAGUCAGUAAGCAGUUACUCAGAUGAUGAUGAGGACUCCAGCCUUUCUGACAGCGACUACAUCAUCGUACCUCUCCCUGACUGUUUUGACCUGACCAAGCCACUACGGGAUAUGACCAUCUCCAGCUAUUCUAACUCCGUGGAGGAAGACAGAGGCUUCUCCCUAGACGACAACCAUAACAAUGUCUCCCCAAGGAGCAGCCGUGCAGUGUCUGUUGACGAUAUCCUCUCGACAUCCAGCUCCAUACCCGCAAGGCCACUAAGCCCCACCCCUUCCAGGGACCUCCCACCUUUCAAUCAUACUGAUUACUCCGCCCCCUCACAGUCUGAGAGCCUUGUCAAUCAUCUGGAGGCCACAUCCACUGAGGGUCAGGCAGCCAAUACAUUUGAACAAGCACAGAAUGAAAACCAACAACUGGCUGAUAUGAUGUUGACUGUUUCAACAUCUGUAGGAGCGGGAGGAGGGAAUUCUGUUGAAACCAGCCAAGCAGAACCAGGGGAGAGCACUUCAACUGUGGAAACUGCAAGAGUUGCUCCCCUUGGAAGCAGCCAAGCAGAGCCAGGCGAGAGCACUUCAGCUGAAGAGGGAGAAAGGGAUGUUCCCCUUGAAGAUAAUGCCCAACAAGAGGGUGCUACAGAUGGUGGAGAGCAUGUUGAGAGAGCUGUAGGUGCUACUGAUGGGACAGAAGCUGCGGGCUCAGAAACACCUGACAAUGUUCGCUAUGUGAGGGCCGAGGACAUCAGAAGGGGACCGAAUGGAAAGACGGUUGAUUUUGCACCUGAGUUUGCCAAUCAGCUUGUUACAACAGCUGUGAAUGCAGCAGGUCAGGCGUACAUCACAGCUAAGGCUGUUUUCAAGACAUGGCAGGAUAGACAGGAUGCCAAGUAUGGUAAAGCCAAGAAGUCUGGUGGGAAGAGUCCAAAACCUAAAAUCCCAAAGGGAUGGAAGCCUGCUAGCACACAAUGGUGCCCUCCAGAAGACAAUGAUACCACCCCUAAGAAGACGGAAUGGGCACCACCCAAGUCAGAAUACAAACCCCCUCAAUCACAAUGGAAGCCUCCAAAAGCCGACUUUAAACUCCCUAAACCAGAAUGGAAGCCUCCAAGUGAGAAAGCUGAAUCCCCUAAAACAGCUGAAUUCAAAGUUCCAAAAUCUCAAUGGAAACCCCCAACUGAAGUUGCUGAACCUCCUAAAGAAAAAUGGACCCCUCCAAAAGCAGAAGGACCAAUGGGAAAGCUUUUUGAGAUGGGAUUUUAUGAUCGCGAAUUAAACCACAAACUUCUUUUGAAGCAUAAAGACAACAUUCAGAAAGUCAUUCAAGAACUCGUCAGUAUGAAAAAUCCUGACUGGUCUGCAUAAAAAAGUCUAAAGACUAGUUUACCGGUACACUGUAAAAACAUUAAUUUUUUGGCGGGGUGUAAAUUUUAGAAAAGAACUCAAACAAUUUUGCCUUUUUCUUUGGUCAUUUGUUUGUAUAAUUGUUUGUCAAAAGGUAUAACCUUCAACAUGAUUUUGCAAAUUACCAGAAUUUACUUGUUUGUUUAUUAUUAUAAGGAAAUAUAAUUAUGCGAAAAUUACUUUGGGUAAUAAAGAACAAUUUUGCAGUAAAGAACGGGACCGACACUUACUGAUGUACAGGAUAUUAUUAUAUAAUACUUUGUUAUUGUUUUCCUUUAUAUUGAUUAGAUGUGUAAUAACUGCAGAACUAACAUUAUUAUGUUAUGUACAUAAACACUUCAGAUAAUGGGAUGGCGAUUUGCAUGGACAGUUUAAACAUUUGAUAUAUUGCUCUAUUGUAGUGAAUUUCAAUAAUUGUUGUAAGCUGCUUUAUUGAUGCUUAAACACAUUUAUUCGCUCAAAUUGUAUCUUCAAAUUUAGUCUUCAUCAAAUGGAAGGGCAUUUCAUGUAACAACUGCUUUUUCUAUAAUAAGGGUUUUAGCUAGGUUUUGAAAAGGGGCAGGGUGCUGCAGAAGAGGGACAGGGUGCUUAGGGAGAAAAGGACACAAACAUUGUAUCAGGCUGUGUACUAGAAAAAAUGUCUAUUGACGGUUUAAUUGCUUCAUGUCUCAAUAAUGCUUGUUAGCAGCUUUAUUAAUAUUUAAACAUCCGCACAAAAAGUUACUUCAUGUAUAGUCAUCACAAGGGCUUUAAAAAACCAAGAAUUUACCAGUAUUGACCGAUUUUGAUCAUGCCGGACCGAUUUCAGUAACAGAAAAUGGCUAAAAAAUUCAAUUUAGUAAGAAACAAACAGUGUUUGUCACUCUUAACUUCAUUUUAGUGCAAAGCAUGUUACAACUGCUUCUACUAAUAUAAAAAUGAUCAUUUCGUUGCAUUAAUGCAAGAAGGUACCAAAUAACAUUAAAAUAUAAAAAAGUAGGUUUUGGCAUUAACACAACCAUUUAUUUAGAUGGCAACUUAUUCUUAUUCCAUUUAUCAAGUAAUAUUCAAAGUUCUUUGUUUAUAGUGUGUGUAUUUCUCUGUUGAAACACUUAAACAAUUAUCUGACUGUGAUGUUAAUUGUAUGGUUCGAUUUAUGACACACCCUUUAAAGGAAAUUAUCAGUUAAUAGUAUUCAUUUACUAUCAUUGAAAUGGAGUUCUGGAAAGCCUAAAUACAAUAAGAUCAUAUAAAAGUGAGAUUUUUUUUAACAAACCUGAAUGCAUGAAUAUGGCAAAACUUAAAAUGUUCUACAAGCCCUGCAUUUUGGGCUUUCAUGCUUAGGCUAUUUUUGAACACUACAGAUAAAUAUUGAGUCUUGUGCGCAAUUUGAAAAUAAGGAACAGUUAUGGAGUAAAUUUGAUUUCUUCUGUGUGUAAAUAUAUUUCUUUCAUGCUUUACGAUGAAAUAUGGGGUUUUAACAUUGAAAUAACAACAGUGAAAAUAUCAAUUUGAUAUUUUCACUACAAAAUAAUGAGUUAAAAUUUGACUGUGAAUUUGUAUUUUAAAAGUUAAUGACUUCAUGGUUUUUGUAACCGUUUUGGUAAAAUUGUGUACAAAGCUUGCUAUUUGAAAUAAUUUGCUGUAUCACUGGAUAACUUAUGAAUAUAUUUAUUGUCUUUCAGGAAAGAUAGGUUGGGAGAGAAAGAUGAUUUAGGGAGAAAGGAUAACUAAUAUCAAUCAUGAGAUAUGAUGUAAUGGUUAAAUUUAUAACUAUAACCAUUUAACCAGAUUAGUGUUUGAAAUUAUAUUUCGUCUACUGGCCCAACUUCGUUUAAAUCUACCGUUUGGACUUACUCAAAUCAGUAACGGCUAAUUGCUGAUUUACCAUAAAUAAAUGUACAGCAGAUUUGAAAAACGCUUCGAUCCCAUUGGACAAAAUACAAUUUUGACCACUUAAUGUUGGUGUCAAUGCUUCACUGAGUAACAUUUAUAUUGCAUUGUGUAUUGUAACUUGAUUCAAUUUAUUGCUAAGAUUAGCGUUUAUAGCGAAUGAUGUGAGGUUUGAAGUGGGUAAGAUUAUCCCGAUGUCAUGUAUAGAUAUGAGAUGGGUUACUUUGUUUCGAAUUUAUCAGAUUGAAUGUUUUAAAGUUCAAUGUUCAAAGUUUCUGUAUUUUUAAUGUCACUUAGUACUUUGAUGUUGUGAAGAAUUGUUAUUGUCUUAUAGAUGUUGAAAUGCUUAUAAUUUAGUAAGAUUUUUUUUCUUUAGAAAAUUUCAUUUUUUUCUUAUGUUAUGAUAAUUAUAAUGUUUAUCAUAUUUUUGUUUAAUUUGUAUAAUUGAAAAUCAUGUGCUUUCUAUACUGAUGUGUGAAUUUCACAGCUGGUUUUGUUGAGGUUUUUAAUUUGUUUAUUAGUUUAUUAUUUAUAUUUGGCUGCUGUUAUUCCCUUGAUGUUUAUAUUAACAUGUGCAAUUUUCAUUAAUUGUGUGAUGAGAUAUGAGUAUAAUUCAGUGGGUGUAUACCACGUGAUAAAUUAUGACAUAAACGCUUCGUCUGAAAGCAAGCUUCAAAUGAAGACUUAAAACGAAGAUGACUUUUCUUUUUCUUCAUUAAUUUAAACAAAAUAAAUGGCAGUCUUUGCCAGUUAAAGAACCCUGCCUUCAGUUUCUACAGGAGUUUGAUUAUGUGAUUAGUUUCCUCAAAACACUUCGACAAGCCUGUUUCCAAAAUAAAGUUUUGACAGUGCUCCAUCAGGCUGCGGUUUUGUGGAGAGGUUUGUCAAGUGUUUUAAGAAUUAAACUGACUGGUAAAAGACCGUAGUCGGGACUCUGUAAGCAGGGUAGACUGUGCUAUGUUUGGUUUAAAAUGGUGAUGAACUAGUAAAGUUAUCUUUGAUUUAAGUCUUCACUCGUCUACGAGCCUUCCACGUAGCAUAUAAGAUGUAAUUUAUCACGUGGUAUACACACACUGAUAUUGCUUUUGACUAAAAUGUAUUGAUCUUAAUGUAUUAACAUCACAUGUGAUGUGAUUGGUAAAUGUUUAAAAAAAUCAUGAUGGUUGAUUAAGUAAUGGUUUAAGAUUGUUUGUAUGUACUUUAUAAAAAUCAAUUGUUUAAUGCGACAUAGUCAACGUAAUAUUUUGUAAGCUACCGACUAAUUGGGCCAGCCACUGUUUAUAUCUACCGUGUCACCUGAUUAUAAUCAAUUGCUGAUUUACUGAAGUAAAUGUAUUGGAAAACUGAUGAAAUACUUAUUUCGUAUUAGACAAAAUAUAAUGUUGACCACCUGCAUAACUAUAUGUGUGUCCAUACAUAAUGGUUUCUUUAUGGUUGGGCAUGAAAAAUCAUAAACGUUUAUCUGCAUAAGGAUUUUAUUUUAAAGUGCACAAUAAUCUUAUAGUUGUCACACUUUAUAAGUGUUAUUAUAUCACACUAAAAUGCAGUUUGAAAGUGUGUAUUGCUUGAACAGCGCAUGUGCUACCAAAAUGUUUUUAAACACACUCAUGUUUUGCUUCAUUUUGAACAGUAACAACCAAAUUGUUCAACUUCAUUAGAUCAUACGCCUACGAUAUAAAUUUUCGAGGAAAAUAAUUUUACCUUAAACUUAUUUUUGGCAUGAGCACUACUUUAAAACAUUGUAAGAUUUUUGGUAGUGCUGAAUUUAAUUUGUUAAAGAAUUAAAUAAGUUUUAUAGAUAUUUGUUCGUUUUAGUGGAAUAUCAAUUUUAUUUCAUUGGGUGAGCACAGAAAAUUAUAUUUUCACUGAUCAACUUUCAGUGUUCAUAAGAUGAAAUAUAAAUUAUUUCCCAGGCCACAAUCUAUAAUUACUUUGUUUCUCCUUGCCCGACUUACUUGGAAAAGUAUCCGUGAUCUUAAAUGUUGUUGAGCUCCUGUGGUGUUUUUUCUUUGUUUUUAUAUAAAUAACUAAUUUAUGAAUUAUGGGGGUUAGAUAAAAACACAACCAACGAACACCCUACCUACCCACCAACCCCUCAAAAUUUUGAUCGUGUAAGGUCAAACAAAAUGUUAUCAUUUUUAAAUAAUUGUGGCCGUACUGAAACGAGGAAAUCUCAAUUGAAUGUGUUAACUAAUUCUACCUUGUUCAAAUUGUUCCUUGUAACAUAAUUGUGUAUGCUUAUUCUAAUCAAUUGAAAUAUGUUUAGCUUGUUUGUUGUUCAAAUGUUAAGAUUUACAGAAUAAAUGAGCAAUCACUCUU